AUGUCAUUCUCUUACUGCAAGGAGUACGGCAAGGACAAGGUGAUCUUUGUGACAAAGGAGGACCAUGCCACGCCCAGCACCAUCGAGCUGCCGCCGCCGGAAAAGCCGGAGGGCGUGAUCACCAAGGACGGCAAGAUCAACUGGAGUUGUCCCUGUCUCGGCGGCAUGGCCACCGGUCCGUGUGGCGUCGAUUUCCGUGAGGCCUUCUCCUGCUUCCAGAACAGCACCGCCGAUCCUAAGGGAUCUGAUUGCUACGAUGCCUUCACCAAGAUGCGGGACUGCUUCCAGAAGUACCCCACCGUGUACAACAAAUCUGGCGGCGAUGACGACGACGAUGAUGGUUUGAGCGAGGCCUUGGACACGGAUGCCGGUUCAGUUGGUGGCCAGAACGCAGAUCCGCUGGCGGAUGUGGGCAACAACGGAGGCGGCGAUGAGCUGGUGGCCCCCAAUAGCAGUUCAGUGGUGCCCAAGGCUUAG